AUGGUGCACACCACCAACGUGGCGGCGGCCGCCACCACCUUAGCGACCACGUCCGCCGCACCGACACGCCCGCACCGAUUUCCGUCGUCGGGCUCCUUCCAUGCCGGUGAACCCUUUCCCCAGCUGUCGCCAUACGACGAGGCGCACCCAAAUAGCAGGGCGCGUAGGAGGAGCUCGGCUGCCGGCUCUCGACCCCACGGGCGGCAGGCAACGCACAAAUACCACACCUUUCCGACCCCGCCUCCCAAGACGCCCAGCGAGCAGCGCCCACCGCAGCGUGGGUCGGAUACAUGGUCGCUUACUGCCCCAGACGGGACGAGGCGGCAGACGGGCGGCGGCAGCGACACGACGUCGACGCCUCUUCCUUGGAAACAACUGGGCCUGCUCGCUCUGCUCUCGCUCGCCGAGCAGACGGCGCUUAAUUCGAUUGGCCCGUACCUUCCCACUAUGGUGGCCUCGUUUGACGAGAUCCCCCACGGCGAAGAAGGCCUCUACGUGGGCAUGCUGGCAUCGGCCUUUGCCCUGGCGCAGCUGACGACCAACCUGCUAUGGGGCUACACGUCCGACCGGGUAGGGCGCAAGCCAGUCAUGCUGCUGGGCACGGCAUUGCUGAUGGUGUGCUUUGCCUUCUUUGGCUUCUGCUCCAACUACAAGCAGUUACUCCUAGUGCACAUCGCCAUGGGUUUACUCAACGGCAACGCCGCCGUGGUGCCGACAUGCCUUGGCGAAGUCACAGACCGCACCAACCAGAGCAGUGCCUUUACGUGGCUCCCUGUCAUGUACAGCCUCGGAAGCAUAACAGGGCCAGCCCUGGGUGGCCUGUUGGUCGGCAUCAUAAAGGGUUCGGAAUAUCCCUUUCUGCCCCCAAAUCUUUUGGCCGCGGCGCUUUUGUUUGUCAGCGUUGUCGUUCUCGGCGUCUGGUUUGAGGAGACGCUCGACCAUGCGGACCAAAAGGCGGCUGGGGCUGGUCUGGGGUGGGUAGAGAAGAUGUGCCGGCCGUGUAGCAGCUGUUUUAGCAGCAGAAGGAACAGUAACCGGGUGGGCGGUUGGAAUGCCCCGGUCAGCGUGAUCGACGACGACGCCACCGACAGCAAGAGUCUCACGGCUGAACAGAAAUCGGCGUUUCGCCAGCUCGCCAACCGUACCACCCUAACAGUGCUCGUCACGUAUCUCGUAUUCCAACUCUCCAACAUCUCCUUCAACUCUCUCUAUCCCAUCUUUGUGUCCGCACCACCUCCCACGGGGCGGGACCUUGGGCCACGCACCAUUGGCUUAAGUCUUUCCCUAGCAGGGCUAGCAACCAUUUUAUUCCAAGUCUUUGCAUUUCAGCCUCUGAAGGCACGUAUGGGGAACUUGGGCACGUACCGAUACUCUCUCCUGGGAAUUGCUGUUAGCAUGGCCUUCAUGCCGUGGAUUGGCUACCUGGAAGAGAAAAACCCGUGGUGGGGUCUUGGAACGGGCAAAGAAUGGCUCUACACUGAGCUAGGCUUCGUAUUGGUGGUCAAGAACAUAUGCGCUGUCGGUGGUCUGAGUAGCGUGAUGUUGUUGAUCACCAAUUCCGCUCCCUCGCACGAAACACUCGGAACACUGAACGGCAUCGCCCAGUCCCUGUCUGCUGCUGGCCGCAGCAUAGGCCCAUUCCUGUCUGGCGGCCUAUUCGCUUUGUCAAUCCACGUCCAACCUAAAGGAGAGACCCUCGCAUGGGGGUUGUUUGCUGGUAUUGCUCUCAUAGGAUGGAUGGGAACCCUUCUGAUACACGGUAGCGGACUUGAGAGUGCAGAUUGGGUUGGCAAUGACGAGGACAGCGAUGGGGACAGGACGGGUGACGAGGAGGGGCAGAUCGAGGAGGAGGGGCAGAUCGAGGCAGAGAGGUGA